AUGGCGUCGUUAUGGCUUCGUCCGCGCACGACGGCCUGUUCCGUCGCGCUGGAAGAUCGCUUUGGGCCUCAAGUCGGCGAUCUGUGUCUCGACGGCUUCGACUUCACCUUGUUCUUUGAGGAGGUUGUCCUGACGCUGCCCGUGACGGUCUUCUUCCUCCUCUGGGCCCUGCCACGGAUCUUCCAUCUGCGCCGGCAGACCGUCAAAACCAACGGUGGCUACUGGCAUAUUGUGAAGCUGGUCGGAUAUGCUGUUCUUGUCAUUCUCCAACUCACCCUCCUCGGCCUCUGGGCAUCGCCCUCGGCCAAGAGAACGCGCGCGACCCUCGGCGCCGCCGUGACGUCGUUGCUGGCCUCCGUCGUGCUCGGGGGGCUCUCGCAAUAUGAACAUACGCGUACCAUCCGGCCGCCGACGAUCAACAGCGGCUAUUUGUUCCUUUCGUCGCUGCUCUCGCUGGCCGAAGCCCGCACCCUGUACUUUGUCGAGACCGAGAGGACGAACCGCGCCAUCCCGAUCAUCUACACGCUUGAUCUGUGUCUCCGGGGGGUGCUGCUGAUCCUGGAGACCAUCCCCAAGCACUCCAUCUUGAAACGCGCCUACCAGAACCCGCCGCCGGAGACGGCCUCGGGCGUGCUGGGCCUGAGUCUGUUUACGUGGAUCAAUCCGCUGCUGCUGCUGGGGAAUCGCACCGAUCUGACGGUCUCCCAAUUGCCCUCGCUGGAAGAUGAGCUGUGUGCGACGGGCGUCGGAUCAAACGGGCUGGAGACGCUCUGGCGGCAAGGCAACUGGAAGACACCGCACAGCCUGCUCUGGACGUCGAUGCGAUACUACGCCGUGCCUGUGUUGAUGGGCGUCCUGCCCCGGGCCUUGCAGAUCGCCUUCACCUUUGCACAGCCAUUCCUGGUCGACACGACCAUUACCUGGAUCGAGGAGCCAGAUGGGCCUUCCACCAUGAGUCAGGGAUACAGCCUGAUUGGCGCUUUUGCAAUUGUCUAUACAGGAAUCGCAGUGUCUACAGCCCUCGCUCAGCAUCAAGCCUACCGCGUCGUGGGCAUGAUGAGGGCCAGCCUGGUGGAUAUGAUGUUCAGUCACACCAUGGUGAUGCGCGACAGCGAUAUCGACUCCAGCGCCCCCGUCACCCUGGUGAACGCGGACAUUGAACGUAUCUCCAGUGGCCUGCGGUACAUCCACGACGCCUGGGCGUGUUUCUUUGAGAUUCCCAUUGCCCUCUGGCUGCUCUGGCGGCAGCUGGGCAUCGCCAGCAUCGCCCCCAUCGUCGUGGUGAUCGUGUGCAUGCUGGGCUGUGUGCUCAUCUCCGCCCUGGCCGGUCCUCGCCAGCAGCUCUGGCUGGAGGCCAUCGAGAAGCGUGUCGAUGUCACGGCCAGAGUGCUGGCAUCGGUCAAGGGCGUCCGCACCGCCGGCCUGACCGACAAGCUCUACCACAUCAUCCACACCAUGCGCGUCAGCGAGGUCUACAUGUCUGAGCGGUUCCGACGUCUGUUAAUCCUGGUAGUUGGAAUGGCGUAUAGCAACGUGUCGAUUUCCCCCCUGGCUUCAUUCAUCAUCUACUCGCUCAUUGCCCGGCACAAAGGCGACGAGACGCUCACCACUGCGCGCGCGUUCACCUCGCUGACGCUCUUCACGCUGCUGUCCACCCCAAUCUCCAACCUGGUGGAGGCUGUGACGGGCAUCGCGACGGCGAUAGGCUCCAUCAAGCGCAUCAAUCUCUUCCUGCAGUCGGAUCCUCGGUUCGACGAUGCCCAGCCAUCCCGGCGCGAGGCCACACCCAGCACCACCAACAGCAACACCACCCUCACCCCCGACUCGGGAGUGUUGUCUGCAACCGACGAGAUUGCCCUGGAAGAGAAGCAGAUGGUGGAGGCUUCCAGCAUGUGCAGUCAUGACGGCCUGCCCAUCUAUGAGUCCCUGCCGGGCCCGGCGUUUGUCGCCCACGGCCGCAGCGCCGGCUGGGACGAGGCCAAACCCCGAGUCAUCGACAAUGCCACGUUUGAGAUCCACCGGGGCACGCUCAACAUGAUAGUCGGCCCUGUCGGGUGUGGCAAGUCGACCUUUAUCCGCAUGUUGCUCCGCGAGACCCCCCUCGCCGCCGGCCGGCUCAAGGUCGAGGCCGGCGCCAUUGCGUACUGCGCGCAGGUGCCCUGGUUGACAAACAGCAGCAUCCAGCAGAACAUCCUCGGCGAGUCUCUCUUCGAUCUGGACUGGUACAACACGGUGGUGCAGGCGUGUGCUCUAGACGACGAUAUCCGGGAUCAGCCCGACGGUGACCAGGGCUCGCUGGGAUCCGGAGGUGCCACGCUCAGCGGUGGGCAGAAGCAGCGAGUGGCCCUGGCGCGUGCUGUGUACUCGCGUGCCGAGACAAUCAUCCUGGACGAUGCCUUUAGUGGACUCGAUCGCACGACGGAAGACACCAUCUUCCAUGCGCUGCUGAUGCCCGGUGGGCUGCUGCGUCGCAUGGGAACCACCAUCGUCAUGAGCAGCAACAGCUUCAAUCGUCUCUCCAUCGCCGACCACAUCAUCACUCUCUCCAAAUCCGGCGCCAUUGUCGAACAAGGCUCGUACAAAGAGCUGGUCGAGCGCCCGGAGAGCUACAUCCACCAGAGUCUCUCCGUGCCAGAGGGCAAGAAACGCGCCAUGGACGGCAAUGCAGACGAGGACGAGCUGGAGAUGACGGAGGACGUUGCUGAUCCCAAGCACAAGCAGCCGCUCACCCUGGCCAACCUGGACCUCGAGCUCGAAGCGCCGCCGCCCCAGGAUGGCCGGCGCACCGGCGACAUGUCCGUCUACUGGUACUACAUGCAGAUCCUGGGCAUCUGGCGGUCGUUGGUCUUUGUCCUCUUCAUCUGCUGCUAUGUGGUUGGAGUUACCUUUCCCUCUAUCUGGGUUGAAUGGUGGACGGCGGCGAAUGCGAGCCAUCCAAAUGCACGUUUGGGAUACUGGCUGGGUAUCUAUGCUAUGAUUGCCGUCAUGGCUGUGAUCAGUCUUGUCAUAGCCUGUUGGCAUCUCAUGUCCAACCUGGUGGCUCGCGCAGCCAAAGCAAUGCAUGCUGAGCUCUUGAAGAGUGUUUUGGAUUCGCCCAUGUCCUUCUUCCACACCACAGAUGUGGGCAACACGACCAACCGGUUCAGUCAGGAUCUCCAGCUGAUCGACAUGGAGCUGCCGCUCUCCGUGCUCAACACGAUCCUCACCUUCUUCACCUGUCUCGCGCAGCUGAUCGUCAUCUGCGUGUCGACCAGCUACAUCGCCGCCACAGUCCCCGUGUGUCUGGCGGCGUUUUACUUUGUCCAGCGCUUCUAUCUGCGCACCUCGCGGCAGAUCCGGUAUCUGGACAUCGAAGCCAAAGCGCCCCUGAUCUCGCACAUGCUCGAGACGCUCAACGGCCUGACCACCAUCCGCAGCUUCCAGUGGGAGGCGCAGUACCGCCAGCAGAACGCCAAGCUGGUCAAUUCCAGCCAGAAACCAUUCUACCUGCUCUUCGCCAUCCAACGUUGGCUCGAACUGGUCAUCGCCCUGCUCGUUGCGGGCUUCUCCGUCGUCCUGGUGGGCGUUGCCGUCGCCACGCGCGGCAGUCUCAGCGCGGGCUUCCUCGGCGUCGCCCUGCUGAACAUCGUCACCUUCACGGAGAACCUGCAGGGGUUGAUCAUGCAGUGGACGGUCCUCGAGACCUCGAUCGGAGCCGUCUCGCGCAUCCGCAACUUCCAGCGCACCGUCGAGUCGGAGCACCAGGAGCAGGAAACCAUCGAUCCCCCGGCCGACUGGCCCCAGCAUGGCGCCAUCGAGAUCAACGACGUGGUUGCCUCGUACAAGACCUCGUCUAGUCGAGUGCUCGACCACAUCUCUCUCUCGAUCAAGCCCGGCACCAAAGUCGGCAUCUGUGGGCGUUCUGGAAGUGGCAAAUCCUCGCUCAUCUCGACGCUCUUUCGCCUGCUUGAGCUCACCAGCGGCACCAUCACCAUCGACGGGCUGGACAUCUCCACGGUCCACCGCAACCCGCUCCGGGCGCAGCUGAAUUGCAUCCCGCAAGAGCCGUUCCUGCUGCCCGCCUGUUCUGUGCGUCUCAACAUCGAUCCGGGCGGCGGCAUCGACGACGAGAUCCUGGUCGACGCCCUCAAGAAAGUUCAGCUCUGGAAGGUCGUCGAGAACCUCGGUGGAUUGGACGCCACCAUCACGGCCGAGGCCUUCUCGCCUGGUCAGAAACAGCUGCUCUGUUUUGCGCGCGCCAUGGUUCGUCCCCAGGGCAAGAUUCUCAUCCUCGACGAGGCGACAAGCAGUAUCGAUGGCCAAACAGACAGCAUCAUGCAGUCGCUGAUCCGCAGCGAGUUUGCCUCGCACACCGUGAUUGCCAUUGCGCAUCGGCUGGAUACGAUUGUCGACUUUGACGAGGUGAUCGUCAUGGAGACUGGGCGCAUCAAGGAACGCGGUCCACCGGCAGCCCUGCUGGAGGAAAAGGGCGCUUUUGCCGAGCUCUAUUGGGAUAUGAGUCGUGGGUCGACUCGGACGCCAAUGCGGUUCUAACCCUACCUAACCCUAGGGUUCACAACCCUAGGGUUAGGUAGGGUUUACAACCCUAACCCUAAACACCCCCUUUCUCUUUGCAUGUUUUAAAUUGUUCAUGAUAGAUUAAAAUUGUUUCAACAGGACGCUUUUGGGAAGAAUAGAUAUAGACAAUUAGGGUAACUCUUUACUCUAUUCUUCACGCCAAGAUAACCCUAACC